AUGGGGAGUGCACCCUGCAGUGACAAAGCUAUUGUGAAGAAAGGGCAUUGGUCACCAGAGGAAGACAAGCAGCUCAAGGAAUACAUAGAGAAGCAUGGAAAUGGUGGCAACUGGAUUUCUCUCCCUCGCAAAGCUGGUCUCAAAAGGUGUGGGAAAAGUUGCAGACUGAGAUGGCUUAACUAUUUGAGACCCAACAUUAAGCACGGAUCCUUCUCGGAUACUGAAGACAUGAUCAUCACUAACCUCUACGCCAUCAUUGGGAGCAGGUGGUCUAUCAUAGCAAGUCAUCUCCCAGGCAGAACUGACAAUGAAAUUAAGAACUACUGGAACACCAACCUUAAAAAGAAGUUUUCUGGGAUCCAGAUCACUCCUACAAAAAGAAGAAUCAUGCAGCAGAAGCAACAGGAUUACAGCUUCCCGUCGUCACUGGACGCUUUAAACCACUUAAUUCUAUCUGUUCCUGGUAUUGAAAGCUUACCAAUCGCUGCAUGCCUUGUGAGCUCGCUCACGUCCACUGACAGUGGCAGCACUGGCAGUGGCAGUGCUGCUACUGUCACAGUAGAGCCACCACUGCUGUUGCAGUGCGCAGAAGAGCAAACUUGUAAUUAUGUGAACUUCGGAGCUAGUUGCAACUUAAGCUGCCUCAGCUCUCACUCCGACGGCAGCGCGAGCCAGAGAUUUGGGAUCGGCGACGAAGCCUGGGGCGGCGCUUCGUCUUUGUUGGGGCAGAAGUGCGAGCUGAUGCCCGUGGUGGCCGCUGCUGCUGGCUCAAUCGACCUGUGCUUCGAUGGCUACGGGGGAGCGAGAGAGGCUGUAGAUCAGGUGUCCAUGUACUAUUACUGA